AUGCUUCCGUCUCAGCUGAACAAUUCGCCAAAGCGGGCGAGUGCGUUCGUGCGAUCCUCUCCCUCACCAGCACCCCAGUCGCAAACGCGCCCUAAAUCAGCUAUCAUUGCACCAUCUCAUGGGUUAGAGAUGACCAAAGGACAUCUUCGCAACUCGUCAGUCUCACAGCUAUCGCCGACACUAUCUCCCGCCUCCAUGAACCGGGAACGGUCAAAUUCGCGCAAUAAUGUAGCAUCCGGGACUUUUGCCCCGAGCUUUAUUAAAUCCGAGGAGAUGCGACGGGGCGCGGAUGAAAUCCGAGGAAUUGAGGGAGAGAACGACUUUUCCGGCAACAAAUAUGUUUGGUUACGCGACCCACAAAAGGCAUUUGUCCGCGGAUUGGUGCUAGAGGAAUUGGAGGGAAACCGCCUGUUGGUGCAAAGUGACGAUGGCGAGCAACGCGAAGUCGACGCGGACCAAGUGGACAAGGUCAAUCCCGCCAAAUUCGACAAGGCAGAUGAUAUGGCAGAAUUGACGCACCUGAACGAGGCCUCAGUGGUCCACAACCUUUACACGAGAUACCAGUCGGAUCUGAUCUACACAUACUCAGGACUUUUCUUGGUCACAAUAAAUCCUUAUUGCCCGUUGUCUAUCUACACAAAUGAAUACGUCAAGAUGUACAAAGGGCGGGGAAGAGAGGAAACACGCCCCCAUAUAUUUGCAAUGGCGGAUGAGGCGUUCAGAAACCUGGUGGAAGAGGGCGAGAACCAAAGUAUUCUCGUCACUGGUGAAUCCGGAGCUGGUAAAACUGAAAAUACAAAGAAAGUCAUUCAGUAUCUUGCAGCAGUCGCAACUUCCGAUACCCCAUACGCGCGGUCUGGGACCAAGCAAAUAUCGAACCUUUCACAACAAAUUUUACGAGCCAAUCCUAUUCUUGAAGCCUUCGGUAACGGGCAGACUGUCCGCAACAACAAUUCCUCACGUUUCGGCAAAUUCAUUCGAAUCGAAUUCUCGAGAUCUGGUCAGAUUUGUGGCGCAUGGAUCGAUUGGUAUCUAUUGGAGAAAUCUCGAGUGGUCAAGCCAAAUCCCAACGAACGCAAUUAUCACAUCUUUUACCAGCUGUUGCAGGGUGCGGACCGCAGCACCCGAGAAAAGCUACUGCUGACCGGCCUUCAAAUCGAGGACUUUGCUUAUACACGUGAUGGUAAUGAUUCCAUUGUUGGCGUUUCCGACAAAGAUGAGUGGAAUUCCUUGAUUGAAGCUUUCCAUGUCAUGAACUUCUCGGAAGACGACCAACUCUGCAUCUUGCGAACAAUUGCUGCUGUUCUGCACCUAGGCAAUGUCACUAUUGCGAAGGAAAGUGUCCGGGCCGAUCAAGCCGCCCUUGGCACCAAUGGAUACGCAAGUGUCGAGAAGGCCUGUCAACUGUUGGGAAUUCCCGCGGAACCGUUCGUCAAAGGCCUAUUGCACCCGAGGGUCAAGGCUGGUCGUGAAUGGGUAGAGAAAGUGCAAACGCCCGAGCAGGUUCGCCUGUCGCUAGAUGCUCUGUCCAAGGGCAUCUAUGAACGUGGCUUUGGCGACUUGGUGGCCCGUAUCAACAAGCAAUUGGGCCGCUCGAUGACCGAGGAUAACUACUUCAUUGGCGUGCUUGAUAUUGCUGGAUUCGAAAUUUUUGAGAACAACAGUUUUGAACAGCUCUGUAUCAACUACACAAACGAAAAACUCCAGCAAUUCUUCAACCACCACAUGUUCGUUCUUGAGCAGGAGGAGUAUGCUCGGGAGCAGAUUGAGUGGCAGUUUAUCGAUUUCGGCAAAGAUUUACAACCUACAAUUGACCUGAUUGAGUUGACGAACCCAAUCGGCAUCUUUUCAUGCCUCGAUGAAGACUGCGUGAUGCCCAAAGCCACGGAUAAGUCUUUCACAGAGAAGCUGCAUUCUUUGUGGGAUCGAAAGACCCCUAAAUACCGAUCUUCUCGCCUUAGCCAAGGGUUUGUCCUUACCCACUACGCUGCUGAGGUAGAAUACAGCACACAGGAUUGGCUUGAAAAGAACAAAGAUCCAAUGAACGAUAACAUCACCCGGCUCCUUGCCAGUUCAGACGAUGCACAUGUUGCCAAUCUCUUUGUGGACUGCGCAGACCCCGAAGAAGGGAGCGAGAAUCCGCGAAGCCGGGUAAAAAAGGGCUUGUUCCGAACCGUGGCCCAAAGGCACAAGGAGCAGCUGUCCAGCUUGAUGGCCCAACUUCACUCCACUCACCCUCAUUUCGUUCGUUGUAUCUUGCCAAACCAUAAGAAGCGCCCAAAGAUGCUUCAUGCUCCAUUGGUCCUGGACCAGCUUCGGUGCAAUGGUGUUCUCGAAGGAAUUAGAAUCGCUCGAACAGGAUUCCCCAACCGCUUGCCCUUCGCCGAAUUCCGUCAGCGUUAUGAAGUUCUUUGCCAGAACAUGCCGAAGGGAUACCUAGAAGGACAAAGUGCUGCGCAAAUCAUGCUAGAAAAGCUUGGAAUGGACCGAACCUGGUAUCGCGUGGGCCGAACAAAGGUUUUCUUCAGGGCCGGUGUUUUGGCUGACUUGGAAGAAAAGCGUGAUAAGCUCAUUCGCAGUAUUAUGUCGCGCUUCCAAUCUGUCGCGCGAGGUUUCAUCCAACGGAGGAUUUCCAACAAGCGUCUUUACCGAGCCGAGGCUACGCGUAUCAUUCAGCAGAACUUCCAUUCAUACUUGGACUUGAAAGAAAGCCCUUGGUGGCAACUGUUCUCCACAAUGAAGCCUCUUCUUGGUGACACCCGAAACGCGAAGGAAGUCAAAAAGAGAGAUGACAAGAUCAAGGAGCUCGAAGCAAAAAUGGCUCAAGAAAACUCUGACCGACAAAAGAUCGAAGAAGAUAGACGACGCACUGAGAUGGAGAUUCAUAAAAUCCAGCAGACUUUAGAGGGCGAGCGUGCACUCGCACUCGACAAGGAGGAAAUCUUCAAGCGCCUACAACUUCGCGAGGGAGAACUUUCCGAGAAGCUCGCAGGAGCGAUCGCAGACCAGGAGAGCCUCGAGGAACAAUUAGAUGAGUUGGUCGAUGCAAAGAAGAGGACCGAUGACGAACUAGAUCUCCGAAUUACCCAGCUUGAACAAGCUGGUCAAAUCAUCCAACAACUUGAGUCAGAGAAAAAUGAACUGCAAACUCGAUUGGAAGAGGUUAAUGCCAAACUCUCUGAAGCCGACUCUCAGUUCUCCGCUAAGGACGGUGAAAUUCAAGGGUUGGGCCAGGAAAUCAAAAUGCUUCAAAGUCAUCUGAGUUUGAAGGAUCGCAAAUUGCAGGAGCUCGAAGCCAAAUUGCUAAAGACAGACCAAGACCUUGAUAUCAAGCUCGCAAACACUUCAAAAGAGCUCGACAAGUCAAAGAAAGAGGUUCGGGAGUUAGUCGAAGUGAAUCGGUCCAUCCGCCAGCAAAUAUCCGAACUGUCUACGACGUCCACAGGCUACGAGGACCUUCUUAGGCGCAAGGAGAGUGAGAUGGCCAUCCUACGCAACGAUGCCAAGAAGCACGAUGAGGAUAGAUGCAUCAUUGAAGCGGAGAAGAAAUCACUUAACACUCGUCACGAUAACAUGCAAACCCGCCUUCGAGAGGUCCAGGCAGAGAGGGAUGCUAUGCGCUCGGAGAAGGUCCAGCUCGAGCGAGAAGCUGCAGAUGUCAAGAAGUUACUCGAGACAAAAAGAUCCGAGGAUGCAGAGGCUGGCGAGAGCAGGAAACUCUUGGAACAGCAAGUCCAAGACCUGAAGGAGCAACUUUUCAAGACCGAAGCUGACCUCAGCCGUGAGCGCCAGUCAAGAGAUGAUGUUCAGAUGCUCGCUGAGCAUAACCUCAAGGACCUGUCUACUAAGUACGAAGCGCUCAAUGAGUCGAAGAUCACGAUCGAGAAAGAGAUGUACAUUCAACAAGACAGUCUUCGUCGGGCCACUGAGGCUCGUGUCGCUGCUGAAACAUCGCGAAAAGAGCUGCAAUCUGAAUUAAUUAAGCUUCGCGACCGAUUCACGGAUGCCGAAACCGCACGCUUGAAUGCAGACGCGGAAGCUGAACGCAAGAUCAAAAAGCAAGCUGAGGAGCAUAUCAUGGGGUUGCGCAAUGCUCUUGAUGAGAAAGCUCGCCAACUCGAAGAAGUGGAUGCAGAGCGCUCCCAGCUUUCCAGUCGGAUACAACAACUUAUGCAUACCAUUUCAGAGUCUGACAACUUCCGUAUUCGCCACGACCAGCAUAAGGAGCGCUUGGAGCGUGAGCUUGUGACGUUACGGGGACGACUCACGGCCUCUGAGAAUGAUAAUCGGUCCCUUCUUACCAAAAUCCAGCAAAAGAACCUUGACAUCGCUCGAUCCACAUCCAAGGCUAGCGACAACAAUCGAUUGCGCCUGCAAACCCUCCAGAAGGAGAAGACAAAGUUGGAAGAUGAGAACAAGAACAUUGGUCGCCAAAUCGGGGAUCUUCAAAUGACGAUCACGUCUCUUGAGAAGCAGAGGGAGAAGCUGACCUUGAAUGUUGAGGAUCUCAACCAUGAAGUCAACCGUGAACACAAGACCAGCCGAAAUGCCGAAAAGGCUGCCUCCACGGCCAACCUUCAGUUAGCGGAAGUAAACCGCAACCUCGAGAAUGAACGGCAGAUGCGCAGUCAAGCUCAAGCGAAUACUCGGCAGACCCAGGCUACCCUGGACAGAGCUAACAAGGAAAUUGAGGAUUUGCAUCGCCAACUCAUUCUUUUGCACCGAGUCUUUGAGCCAGAAGCAACCGAGCCAGCUCAGUCUUGGGAGGCUGUUCAGCCGCAUUUGUCCAAGCAAGUUGAUAUUGCACAAGUUCUUGACACAGUGCAACAUAGGCUACGGGUCACAGAAGAGAAGUAUGCCAGGGCUGAAAGUCAACUUGCUGAGAUGCGUCGUCGCCACGGAGACGAAAUGAAGGAACUGGAUGCCAAAUAUUCGUCCUCGAAGCGCGCUUUACUCGAAGAGAUCGACCAGAAUGAGGUAGCCAACACUCGCUCACCAGCCCACUUCCGCAAGAAUUCCGAAAAUGCUCUGAAGCGAAUUUCUAACCCGUCAACGCCCAAUCGUCGUUACCCUGCAUACGAAGGAGCCAAUGAUUCUGCCAGAUCUGACAAGACAGUUGAUACCCAAGGCUACCAGCGUCGCAUGGACACAGCCGCUGAAAUCGAGGAGCUUCAGAACAAGCUUCAAAUGACUGAGAUGCAGAAUAAGCAUCUCCAGAGCCAGCUUGAACGGUCCACCCCGUCUCGUGACAUCUGGCAGGACGAAAGCCCUUCAAUCCGUCGCAUGCACCUUCUGGAACGUGAGAACGGACGUCUUCAUGACCAACUUGAUGAUUCUGCCAAGAAGGUAUCGACAUUGGAGCGUAGCAUCCGAUCUGGCGAACUCUCUCUUCGAGACGUCCAGGCCAAAUCCCACGAAGAGCUGUACGACCUCAUUAACUCGCAGGAGCAAUCCCGUCGAUCUUUGCUCAAGGUUCACAACGACACCAUGGCCGAGUUUGCCGAUGCUAAGAGCCACUACGAAAAAUUGAAACGCAGCAAGGCGACAUUGGAGGUUGAGCUGCGUGAUGCUCGAUCCGAGACUCAAGAGAUGCAGUUCAUUCGGGACCAAGAUCUUCAAAGCCGGAAUCAACUCCUACAAGAAUUCUCAGACUUGCAAAUCCGCCUCGACGCCGAGACAUCGAGGACUGCCGAUCUUGAAUCAAGUCUUACUCUGUACAAGAGUCGGGCUGACGAGUAUUUCAGCAAGCUUGAACAGGCGGAAAUCACUGUUCUCAAGGCUAACCGCGCCGAACAGUUUGCCAAGUCACAGGGUCGAGAGGCUGAAGAGACAUAUGCUCAAAUUAUGUCUGAGCGGAAGCAGAUGGAUGAUCUUGUGGAGGAUCUGCAGCGACAGACCCAGGCCUUGGAAGCUCGAAUGGAGGACAAUGCCGCUGAGCUCCAAGGCGCUUUACAAGCCAAGCAACGUCUUCAGAAUGAGCUUGAAGAUUACCGAAACCAGCGAGCUAUUGAUCUUGAAGACAAGGAAACUUCCAUGGAACAGACCAGACAAAAAUACCAGCGGGAAUUCUCGACAAUCAAUGGAGAACUCGAGAUUGAACGCGAGCGUCUACUUAACGUCCGUGGGGAAAAUGCCCGACUCCGUGAGGAACUGGAGGAUUUGCGAAGCAAGUGGGACAAUGAGGUUCUCAACAGCUCUACUUGGUCGAAAGAGAAGUCUCGUUUGGAGUUGGUUGUGCAGGACAUCACUACCUCCCGGGAUGAGGCCAGCGCGGCCCAUAACGAAGCUCAGCAGAAGGUCGUGUCACUCCUAUCCCAGGUGCGGAACCUUCGUACCUCCAUUGAGGACACCACCGCAGAACGUGAUCUGCUUCUGAAGGACAAGAAGAUGCUUGAAGGACGCUUGGCUGAAGCCGGUGAGCGUCUCGAGGACCUUGCCAAGGGCGAAAGCCCCUCUAUGCGUAAUGCAGCCAGCAUGGAUCGUGAGCUUUUGGAGCUCAAAUCCAAGCUUGCACAGCAAGAGGAUGUCUCAUCUGCCGCUGUUGGCAAGAUGCGUCGCGCGGAUGCUUUGGCCACUGAAAUGCAGAAGGAACUCACUGCAGAACGUGAAACCAACAGCCAGCUUUUCAAGGACAAGGCGGGCUUGGAGAAGCAGCUGAAGGAGAUUCAACUUCGAUGCGUCGACCUUGAGACCAAGAGCUACUCUUCGGGCAGCCAAGAUGUGCGAUUCCUUCACAAGCGAAUCAAGGAGCUGGAGACCCACCUCGAAGAGCAAGAGAAUAAGAAUAGCGCCGAGCAGCGCUCUCUUCGUAAUGUUGACCGCACAGUCAAAGAUCUUCAAGCUCAGAUUGACCGACGGGAGAAGAUGAACGCCCAGCUGAAUGAGGAACUCAACAAGGGCCGCGACAAGAUCGAGCGACUUCUUCGCAACAUCGAUGAGCUUCAGCAAGUCGAUACAGAGACACAGAUGCAGGCGCGCCGUGCGGAGCGGGAGCUUCGCGAAGAACGGGAAAAGGCCUUGCGCCUGGAAAGGGAAUUGGAAGGGUGGAAAUCGUUACGAGUUGAACGAACCAGCACUAUCGGUCGCUUGCCCAUGGCUGCAAUGAGUGACGUGGGUAGCAGACGAGGCAGUGCUGCUUAUGGGUCUAAUGAUAUGCCCCAACGAAAGCCUAGUAAUACGAAGGGAUUUCUGUGA